CUCAUUUCUUGAGUAUGCACUUCGUUCGCUUCUGGACGUAUAUUGCUUCUUGUUUUUCUGUUGUGCGUGCGUUCAGUGUGACUGUUGGGACUCCCACUCAAUGCGAUCCUCUCAACAUUUCAUGGACUGGUAAGCGCAUAUCUAGUACAUUUUAUAUACUCCCGCUGAACUUUAUUGGGAUUUCCUUGGAACCGUAUCAAAAUUAUUCUGUACCGGCAUCAGCCUUUAGCAAUGGCAAAGGCUCUUAUUCAAUAUCGCAAUUGUUGUUGUCGACGGGAACAUCGUUUCUACUCACUAUGUCUGAUGCCACCGGAUUUGCUUCGGGUGGGACGACAAACCAAUUAAUUGUGGGGAAUACGGUUGCAAAUAACAACUGCAGCACUGCAGUUUUGUCACCUCCUUACACGUUCCAGCUGUCGCCACUCCCGCUGACGCAAUGCAGUCAGUUUACCUUUGUGGCAGAUAGUGGUGCAGUCCUGCCCAUUACUAUUGUGCAACUUAUUCCUGGCGGACAACCAGUCGUAUUCAAUUCGAAUAGCGACACUUUUACCUCGGUUGUAGACGUUCACCAGGGAACGAACCUCGUGUAUUUUGUCACCGACUCCGAGGGCAGACAAGGUGGUGUCUCUGGGUUCGAGCAGGUCUUAGGGUCGAGUAAUUCCUCGUGCCUGAGCGCCAACUCGCCAUCAUCCACUGCAGGCAUAUCGGCCACGUCCACGGCUUCACCGACAUCUAGUUCAAGCAGCCCAUCAAGCAGUUCAUCAGGUAGUCCAUCACAAAGCAAUGUUGCUGUUAUCGCAGGCGCGGUGGGUGGUGGAGGGGCGGUCCUUAUUGCAUUGGUCAUCUUCGGCAUGUGCCUGUGGCGUAAACGGAGAGCGUCUCGCUCCCUGGAUGUUCAGUCUCCGACAACAAGCCAUCUGCAGCGUACAGAUCCAAAAUACGAAGCCAGCCCUUAUAGUGACAUUCCGUCACCAUUCACUUUCCCAUACCAGACAAACCCCCUCAGCUACCAUACACGAUCCAUUCAACCCAGCCUAGGAACUCAAUCAGACUUGACCAAUUCGUCCAUGAGCAAUUUCGUGGCUGGCGCCCCUCCCUCAUCAUUCAACCAGAUACAGCAUUCGCGCCAGAGCUCCAACGCAGACUCUGCUGUCUACGGGGAUGCUCGAAGUUCGACCAUGUCGUCCGCUUACAACCGAAUGGCUGCAUUGUCUCAACCAAUGUCAGCAGAUUACCCAGCACAAUACCCUGCUGGCUACCUUCCCGUUCGACCCGGCAGCCAAUCACCCCCUCUUAGUACGUCUACCGGGAACUUUGCAGCUAACGACCGUCCCACACUGCAUUCACGUCAAAGCUCUAACGCAGACUCUGCUGCGUAUGGAGACGCUCGAAGUUCGGCUGCUAUGUCAUCUGUUGACAGACGAAUGACUACCGUUGCUGAAGCAUGGGAGACAAAUCCUGUUAGCCACCUUGGUCUACCCAUUCAAUCUGGAUCCCAACCAAACCUUGUUGAUGCGCCUGCCGCCGACUUGACGGCCAGGGACCUUCUUCCCACAGCCUUCAAUCAGACACAGCCUAGCUCUAACACAAACUUUGCUGUUUAUGGAGACGCCCGGAUAUCAGAUAUGACGCCCGUCGAGCAUAUGGCUGCGGGGGCUCGAUCAGCAUCGCCAUUACCACGCAAGACAGUCCCUGUCUACAUUACACCGCCUGUUCAACCUGGAUCCCAAUCAAUUUCUACCUCUGCUGUCAAAGUCGCACUUAGUAACCCUUCCACACCCUUCAAUCAGACACAAAAUUCCCGUCAGAGCCCUAACGCAGACAGUUCAGCUGUGUACGGAGCAUCUGGAGGUCAACCUCCGCAACGGGGGCCAGGUCAAACAGCCUACCAACUUCCUACUCGAAUCAUUGUGCAUACCGACGCCGAUGAUGUUGUGCCAGACGACAAUGGUUUAGUUGAGCUUCCGCCGCAGUACUCAGAUCAUCGGGGAGUCCGUGCCUGAGUCUGCAUCAUGAACUAUGUUCCCACGUUCUUGAGUCUUCGGACAUGGGUAUGCAUGUAGCGCAUUCGUUUUAUUUCGUUGGAGAGUCUUGUCUUCAUAAAUGAAGUACAAAGGCAUCGUGCUCCUACUUUUAGUUGGGAAAGGUGGGCUUCUGUGACCUGUUUUUUUCGAGCGACUCAUGACCAUAAUGACAUUUGUACUUAGUGAAUGACUACUAAUUUGAUACGGUCUCAUUUCUAACAUGUAUAUGUGAAGCGUAGGAUAUGAAUCUGCUGGAGGAGAAAAAACAAACAAACCUACUUUCCAUGGGACAGUAAAAUGUGACAGUAAGAAAACAGCGUGCGAUGACAAGACAGUGAGUGUGGCAUGUUAAACAGAUCUGGCAACUUCAGACUGGUUGGUUACUGAG